CGAGCUGCGACGGGAUCAGCGGCGUCAGUCAAGCCUCCUGUGUGUGUCCAUCUUUACAAGCAGUCAAUAAGCAACCAGCCGGAGUCACUCAGCAAGCUUACACUUACAUACACACGAGAGAGAGAGAGAGAGAUACGAAGAACUCAGAUCAUCCGAGACCACGGCGGGGAAACGAUGACGCUAGAUCUGCAGGGUGACGAGCUCCUGCUGGCGCAGCUCCGUGAGCUGCUCUCGCCGUCGUCUCCGGCGGUUAAGGCAGUGGAGUCAUGCGACGGGAGACGACGGCGCCGGCGGGGGAGCAAGAGAGCCCAGGACGACGACAACACCACCAAUAACGGCAAAAGAAGGAGCAAGAAGCAGAAGAGCACAUCGUCUUUUGUGACAUCAGUGCCUGAUUUCGAUGGGUACCGGUGGAGGAAGUACGGCCAGAAGCAAAUCGAAGGUGCCAUGUACGCCAGGAGUUACUACAGGUGCACUCGCAGCGCAGAGCAAGGCUGCCCUGCCAAACGGACGGUGCAGCGCAACGACGACGGCGACAAUGGCGGUGCCGCUCCAAAGUACACUGUGGUGUGCAUGGGGGAGCACACCUGCACGGCCACCGACUCCCUGGAGGCGCCGGUCAUCCUCGAGACCACCGCCGUCGUCGCCCCUGGUAUUAUUGGCACCAACAACAGACCUGAUGAAGACGACAAUGACGACACCUUUACAUCAGCUGGUUCCACCACCACCACGGGUACCGGGGUUGAGUCUCCGGCGAUCUCGGACAUCACCUGGAGCAGCAGUAGUUGCGGCGGCGAUUACGUGGUCGAUGACUACGGGGCCGGGUUGUUCGAUGUCCAUGACAGCUGGGCUUCUUCGGCGUCGUUGCAGGAGAUGGAGGACUUCACCGGACCGAUCCGGUCGCCGGUCCACGUCCCCGCGGAUGGUUGGACGAUUGACCACUUCCUGCUGCAGCUAGCUAAUAAUGAGCCUGUUUCCCAUUUCUCAUCAGCUUGUUAAAAUCUCUUUAAUUUCUAGUAGCUUGCUACUAUGCGGUGAGGGGUGAUGCUCUGUAUUCCUUUUUCCUUUUUUUUUCCCUUUUUGCAAAAGCUUGUACUUUAUUUCUAGCCAGUGCGUACUCACAUCCUUCAAAAUCGCGACAAUCGUUCUUGCAA